CGCCUCAACUCCAGUUUUUCCCUAAGGGGUCAUCACAGGGCGCCAAACGCGCGCCCGCGGGAACGCUGGGGGCGGGGCGCAGCGCGGCGAGGCACGUCAGUGGCCUUCCGGGCGGAAGUCCACAGCCUCCCAAGCCGCUGAUUGGCUUUCGGGCUGGCGCCUAUCUCGGCCCCCGCGCCAGUUUCGGGCUUGUUGGCGCGGAAUCGGGAGACUGAAACCAUGGCGCCUGUUCACGGCGAGGACUACGAGUUGGGGGCGAGCGCUGUUUCAGAUUCAGGGAGUUUAGUGGCUUCUCGAGCUCGGCGAGAAAAAAAAUCAAAGAAAGGACGCCAGGAAGCUCUAGAAAGACUGAAAAAGGCCAAAGCUGGUGAGAAAUACAAAUAUGAAGUUGAGGACUUCACAAGUGUUUAUGAAGAAGUUGAUGAAGAACAGUAUUCCAAGCUGGUUCAAGCACGCCAGGAUGAUGACUGGAUCGUGGAUGAUGAUGGAAUUGGCUAUGUGGAAGAUGGCCGAGAGAUUUUUGAUGAUGACCUUGAUGAUGAUGCUUUUGACACCAGUGAGAAAGGAAAAGAUGGUAAAACGUACAACAAAGACAAGAAGAAUGUAAAGAAACCUACAGUGACAAAACCAAACAAUAUCAAGUCAAUGUUCAUUGCUAGUGCUGGGAAGAAAACUGCAGAUAAAGCUGUAGACUUGUCCAAGGAUGACCUGCUAGGUGACAUUCUACAAGAUCUGAACACUGAAACACCUCAGAUAACUCCACCACUUGUAGUGAUACCAAAGAAGAAAAGAUCCAUUAGGGCUUCACAGAAUCCUUUUUCUGUGCACACCCCCAAGGUAAUUCCUUCAGGAAAAACUGCUUCCCCUGCCCCUAGGAAGGAACCUCCAUUAACUGCUGUUCCUCUUAAACCUGCUGAAUUUGUUGGAGAGCUGAUGCAGCCAGAGCAUCCAGAAGAUGAGCAGGAAUCAGGUGUAAUGGAAUUUGAAGAUAAUGACUUUGAUGAGCCCCUGGAAGCCGAGGAGAUGAACAUGGAGCCUGUGGCUGCCAAGACUUGGGACCAACAGAGUGAGCCAGCAGAGGGGGUGAAACACAAGGCAGAUCCUAAGAAGGGGAUGACAUCCUCCUUAGGAAGUGUUCUCCCAGAUGUCUCUUGUUGGGAUAUUGAUCAGGAAGAUGACAUUAGUUUCUCAGCACAGGAAGUUCAAGUGGAUUCCAGUCAACUCCCAUUGGUAAAAGGGGCAGAUGAGGAUCAAGUGUUUCAGUUUUAUUGGCUGGACGCUUAUGAAGAUCAGUACAAUCAACCAGGUGUGGUAUUUCUGUUUGGCAAAGUUUGGAUUGAAUCAGCCAAGACUCAUGUGAGCUGUUGUGUCAUGGUGAAAAACAUCGAGCGAAUGCUGUACUUUCUUCCCCGUGAAAUGAAAAUCGAUUCAAAUACAGGGAAGGAAACAGGAACUCCAGUUACAAUGAAAGAUGUUUACGAUGAAUUUGAUGAGAGAAUAGCAAAUAAAUACAAAAUUAUGAAGUUCAAGUCCAAGAAAGUGGAAAAGAAUUAUGCUUUUGAGAUACCUGAUGUUCCAGAAAAAUCUGAGUACUUAGAAGUUAGAUACUCGGCAGAAAUGCCACAGCUUCCUCAGGAUUUGAAAGGGGAAACUUUUUCUCAUGUAUUUGGGACCAACACAUCCAGCUUGGAACUGUUCUUGAUGAAUAGAAAGAUCAAAGGACCUUGUUGGCUUGAAGUAAAAAAUCCACAGCUCUUAAAUCAGCCAAUCAGUUGGUGUAAAUUUGAGGCAGUAGCUUUGAAACCAGACCUGGUGACUGUAGUUAAGGAUGUUGGUCCUCCUCCACUUGUGGUGAUGUCUUUCAGCAUGAAGACAAUGCAAAAUGCAAAGAACCAUCAAAAUGAGAUUAUCGCUAUAGCAGCUUUGGUCCAUCACAGUUUUAUGUUAGAUAAAGCACCGCCACAGCCUCCCUUUCAGUCACACUUUUGUGUUGUGUCUAAGCCAAAGGACUGCAUUUUUCCAUGUGCUUUCAAAGAAGUCAUUAAGAAAAAGCAGAAGCUGAAGGUUGAGGUUGCUGAAACAGAAAGAACACUGUUAGGUUUUUUCCUUGCAAAAGUUCACAAACUUGAUCCUGAUAUCAUUGUGGGUCAUAAUAUUUAUGGGUUUGAACUGGAAGUGCUGCUGCAGAGAAUUAAUGUGUGCAAAGUUCCUCACUGGUCCAAGAUAGGUCGACUGAAGCGAUCCAACAUGCCAAAGCUUGGGAGCCGGAGUGGAUUUGGUGAAAGAAAUGCUACCUGUGGCCGAAUGAUCUGUGAUGUGGAAAUUUCUGCAAAGGAAUUGAUUCAUUGUAAAAGCUACCAUUUGUCAGAACUUGUUCAACAGAUUCUAAAAACUGAAAGAAUUAUAAUUCCAGUGGAAAAUAUGCGAAAUAUGUAUAGUGAAUCUUCUCAUCUGUUGUACCUGUUGGAACACACCUGGAAAGAUGCCAAGUUCAUUUUGCAGAUCAUGUGUGAGCUAAAUGUUCUUCCAUUAGCAUUGCAGAUCACUAACAUCGCUGGAAACAUUAUGUCCAGGACACUGAUGGGUGGACGCUCGGAGCGUAACGAGUUCUUGUUGCUGCAUGCAUUUUAUGAAAACAACUAUAUUGUGCCUGACAAGCAGAUUUUCAGAAAGCCUCAGCAAAAACUGGGCGAUGAAGAAGAAGAAAUUGAUGGAGAUACCAGUAAAUACAAGAAAGGGCGCAAGAAGGCAGCUUAUUCUGGAGGCUUGGUUUUGGAUCCCAAAGUUGGUUUUUAUGAUAAAUUCAUUUUGCUCCUGGACUUCAAUAGUUUAUAUCCUUCCAUCAUUCAGGAAUUUAACAUUUGUUUUACAACAGUACAGAGAGUUGCUUCGGAGUUACAGAAAGCUGCAGAGGAUGGUGAAGAAGAACAGAUCCCUGAGUUGCCAGAUGCAAGCUUAGAAAUGGGCAUUUUGCCCAGAGAGAUCCGGAAGCUGGUAGAGAGGAGAAAACAAGUGAAACAACUAAUGAAGCAACAAGAUUUAAAUCCAGACCUUGCUCUUCAGUAUGACAUUAGACAGAAGGCUUUGAAGCUCACAGCGAACAGUAUGUAUGGUUGCCUGGGAUUUUCCUACAGCAGGUUUUACGCCAAACCACUAGCUGCCUUGGUGACAUUCAAAGGAAGAGAGAUUUUGAUGCAUACGAAAGAGAUGGUACAGAAGAUGAAUCUUGAAGUUAUUUAUGGAGAUACAGAUUCAAUUAUGAUAAACACCAAUAGCACCAAUCUAGAAGAAGUAUUUAAGUUGGGGAACAAGGUAAAAAGUGAAGUGAAUAAGUUAUACAAACUGCUUGAAAUAGACAUUGACGGUGUUUUCAAGUCUCUACUGCUGCUGAAGAAAAAGAAGUAUGCUGCUCUGGUUGUUGAGCCAGCUUCAGAUGGGAAUUAUGUUACCAAACAGGAGCUGAAAGGAUUAGAUAUAGUUAGAAGAGAUUGGUGUGAUCUUGCUAAAGACACUGGCAACUUUGUCAUUGGCCAGAUCCUUUCUGAUCAAAAUAGAGACACUAUAGUGGAAAACAUUCAGAAGAGGUUAAUAGAAAUUGGAGAAAAUGUGCUAAAUGGUAGUGUCCCAGUGAGCCAGUUUGAAAUUAACAAGGCAUUGACUAAAGAUCCCCAGGAUUACCCUGAUAAAAAAAGCCUACCUCAUGUACACGUUGCCCUCUGGAUAAAUUCUCAAGCAGGCAGGAAGGUGAAAGCUGGAGAUACUGUGUCAUAUGUUAUCUGUCAGGAUGGGUCAAACCUCAGCGCGAGUCAGAGAGCCUACGCACCUGAACAGCUGCAAAAACAGGACAAUUUAACCAUUGACACCCAGUACUACCUGGCCCAGCAAAUCCACCCAGUUGUGGCUCGGAUCUGUGAACCAAUAGAUGGAAUUGAUGCAGCCCUCAUCGCAACAUGGUUAGGACUUGACCCUGCCCAGUUUAGAGUUCAUCAUUAUCAUAAAGACGAAGAGAAUGAUGCUCUACUUGGUGGCCCAGCACAACUCACUGAUGAAGAGAAAUACAGGGACUGUGAAAAAUUCAAAUGUCCAUGUCCUGCGUGUGGAACUGAGAAUAUUUAUGAUAGUGUCUUUGAUGGCUCGGGAACUGAUAUGGAGCCCAGCUUAUAUCGUUGCAGUAAUAUUGAUUGUAAGGCUUCACCUCUGACUUUUGUAGUACAGCUGAGCAACAGAUUGAUUAUGGACAUCAGACGAUGCAUUAAAAAGUACUAUGAUGUGCUUGUGCUACUGAGCUAAAUCCCUGGCCCAAGGUAUCAGGAUUUUUGAAAGUUCUUCCAUAUGAUUACUAAAUUCAUUAAUACAUCUUGAUGAAUUCUACUGUAAGAUUUAAGAACCACUGGGCUGGAGGUAUACCUCAGUGGUAAAACACUUACCUAACAUGCCCCGGGCCCUGGGUUUGAUCUCCAGAACAACAAUAAAAACCUUAUUUUUCCUUUUUUCCAUAAAAUAAAAAUUUAAAAAUGAUUUUAAAAGUCUCCAAGUAAUUUAAAAUGUUAUUUGUAUUGACUACAUAUGAAAAUAAAAAGUAUACAUGUUUUUAUACUAUAUCAAGUUGAUUGUGUACUUACAGAUGAGAAGGGAAUGAAACUUUUAAAGCAAGAUGAGUUAUCCUGUGUCCAGAAAUAAUUUUAUGAAAGCCAAAACCUCAUUGAAUCUUUUAAUAUUUUCAUAGUCUUAGAAUUUACCACCCUUAUUAAGCCUUCUGGUAUAUUGCUGCCUCUUGACAAAUUAGCAUUGCCUCAACUUGUCUCUUCUCUAUUGUGGGCAUGACUUGUAAAUGUAAGCAAAGAAUAUUUGUAUAUAUAAAUCUCAUCCUCCCUGUAUCUUUCCUAGGAGAACUCCCAUAUAGUGAUGUCAUUGUGUUAUCUGAUCCUAUGUAUGCAGAGAAGUUACGGUCUUUUCAGCCUUUUUAACUGGUUCUGGGAGCUGCAAAACAGUCAAUACCCUCCCAACCUGUACUAUUACUCAUCACAGUUUUUUUAAAAAUCUGUUUUAAGGUUCCCAUCUGUAGGAAGUGCCUAGUUUUUAUAUAGGUGUAAUACUCUAUGAGCAUGAUCCAAAAGUAAAAAAUGGGAAAGUCCCUGGACUGUUUUGUGUUUCCCAAUGUUCCUCAUAGGAAUCAGAUAACAGAAAGUGGACUGUGCAACUUUUUCAGUGUAUAGGAACUUGAGUGUAAUAUUGGACUGUCCAUCUUUUGAAGUGAUUUGGGCUUCUUCAGAGUUCCUGUGGGAAUUCCAAACUCUUGCAAACCACCUAGGCAUGGUGGCACAUGCCUGUAACCCCUGCACUUUGAAGGCUGAGGCAGAAGAAUUGCUGUGAAUUUGAGGCUACAUAGUGAGUUGAGGCAAGACAGAACUAUAUAGUGAGACCCUGUGAAGGGAAAGGAGAUGAAAAAAGGAAUUAAGAUGUGUUAUGUACAUGUACUAACUCCUCACAAGGAAUGUACAGAUUAUGUACUAUAGAUGCAUACUAACAGAUAAAAAUGUACACUUCAUGGGAGAAUUAUCAAAAAGAUUUGCAGUCUGUUUUUUAGUUAGCUAUCCAUCUAUAGGUGCUGUCAGGACUGCAGAUAGAUAUUUGGGUCCUCCUUCCUAAACACUGGAUUUUUUUCCUGCUCUCAUCUACCAAUAGUGAAAUGUCUUCAAGAAAGAGACAAAUGAAAUUAAAAGGAGCGGGUUCCAGUGUGUUAAUAUUCAUCAUGUAUUACCCAGUGCGUUGCCAAUUUCAAAGCAUUUUCUUACUUAAUGCCUUCCUCACAAUAUUCUUGAUGCAUGUAGAACAGUGACCUCAAUAUCUCCCAACCCAGUAUAACAGAAGUCUGUGAAGUUUGGUACUUUGGAUGUAUGGUGUUAUAGUGUGUUCUUCCUCUCACAUUGUCUUUUGUUCCUUUUCCUUGCUUUGAUUUAGUCCUUGAUUAUCUCAUCCUUAGUUUCUAAUUAAUCUGUCUGACUUGGACUUUCCCCAUAUUCCAUUUUCCAUACUGUUUUUAAGAUUUUCUUUCCAAAUCAGAAUAGAAUGUCAUCUUUCAGCUGAAAAACUUACCUGUGGUUUCUAGUUUCUUGCAGAUUAAAAUUCAAAGUCACAAAGCAUUGCAUUAGAACCCAGGCCAACCUAUCUUAUCUUUUAUAUCCUCAUUGUCCCCUGUAGGCCAUGUGCUUUGCUCUGCCUUUGUGCCUUCACUUCUGCUGUCUUCUGCCUAAAACCUUACCUCACCACUUAUAAUGCUCCAUCCCUGUGUAAUUCUGCUGCCUUCAGUGGCACCAUCUCCGGAAAGCUUCCCCCACUUAAGUCUCCUGGCACGAUGUCUUAUUCUCCUUUACACUCCCAUAAUUUGUACAUACCUCUGUGAUGGCAUUUACCAUGGCUGGUUUAUACUCAGUCAUACUCAUUCAUUCACUCCUUCCCCACCCAUCUCUUUCUCUAUAUCUGUCUCUGUCUCUGCAGGAAAUGGAACCUGGGGCCUUGGGCAUGCUAGACAGUCACCCUACCACUAGCUACAUCCCCAAACCUUUAGAGUCUCUUAAAACUGUAUGGUCAGGGCUGGGGAUUUAACUCAGCGGCAAUAAGUGCCUGCCUUGCAAGCAGGCAGUCGUGAGUUCGAUCCCUGGUACCGAUAAAAAUGAAAAAAAAAAAAAGAAAAAAAAACUGUAUAGUCAUAUCUUUCCUGUUGUCACCAUAACUAAAUACUCAAAAAUAGCAUUUUGAGAAGCUCUUAGCACCAUGUAUAUUUAGUUUUGUGUGCUUUUUUAACCUAGCCCUGGUAUGCACAAAUUUCCUGUUACAGAAAGAAGGGUGAUGGGCCUAGUUGGCUUUUGUCUCCUGUCAAAGAGUUGUUAUGUGUAUGGAUCAUAUGCUCAGUGAUACUGAUGGUGUAUUAAGGAAAAUCAGUACAAGUAGGAGAGUGACUGAUAAUAGAAUGUGAAAUUCAGACUUCUGCUAGAGGCCUCAGUAAAGCUUAUCACAUUCAGUCCUUUAGCAAUUACAAUUUCUUUCCUCUUCCAUAUUUAAUUGGUG